AUGGCUGAAAAAUCUGAUUCUGCCAAAAAAGCCGAUGCUUCUAAAAAAGCUGAUUCUGCACAAACGGAGCCGAAGACGGUCUCAUUCAAGCUCCACCUGGACGGCGCCAUGCUCAAAGUCAGUUACAAAAACAAGGACGAUCUGUACGAUUCGCUGCAAAAGAAGCUGGCCGACUUGGGUAUUUCAAUAACAAAUGUCUAUACGUAUGAUCAUGAGAAUCACCCUAUUCAACUGAAAGACGCCGAUGCAGCAGCCGAGGCCGCGUCAGGCGACAAGCACAAGAAAGAGCCUGUUCUAUUUUCUGGCAGCCCUGAUCACCAUUCCAAACAUCAUCCCUUCGGCCGAUGUCCCUUCUUCAGACAUCGCUCAUUGUCGAGUGGCAGCUCUAAAGGCCAUUCUCCUGACCGCGACCACUCUGAAAGCCACGAACACUCCCGUAGCGAUCACCACCACCGCCACCAUGGCUACCAUCAUGGAGCUCAUCCCCCACUUUUCGGCCACCAUAUGGGCUCUCCAAACGCUUGCCCAUUCCUUGCUGGAUUUGGUUCUAGUCAUCCCAGCCACCAUAUGAUGGGCUCUGGAAACGCAGCUUUAGCUUGCCCAUUCCUCGCUGGGUAUGGUUCUAGUCAUCCUGGCCACCAUAUGAUGGGGUCGGCAUCCGGAGCUUGUCCUUUCCUUGUUGGGUAUGGUUAUGGACAUGGUCAUGGGUUUGGUCAUGGUUGCCCUGUGUUCGGCUACAAACCUCACUCUCGAGGAAAGGAUUGUGGAAAAGAUUGCGGUCAUGCAUCGGGCCACGAUUCUCAUGGUUCCAACAAAUAA